ACGGAUAAGAGAAGGCGAAGUUGACAGCAAGGGGAGACAUUUUUCAAAAAAAGAAAAAAGGAAAAGAAAGGGGAAAAAAGAGGGAGGGGAGACGGAGGACCAGGAGCAGCGUCGAGCUAAAAGCGCCGGCGGCGGCCAUGGCCACCGCGGAUCCGACCCGGACUUUCAUGAAGGACGUCAAACGCGUCAUCAUCAAGUUGGGCACUGCAGUUGUCACGAGACAUGAUGGGCGACUGGCCUUAGGCAGGUUAGGAGCUCUUUGUGAGCAGGUGAUGGAGCUGAAUGCAUUAGGAUACGAGGUGAUCAUUGUGACCUCCGGUGCUAUUGGUGUGGGGAAGCAGAGGCUCAAGAAAAGGAAGCUUGUCAAUAGCAGCUUCGCUGAUCUGCAAUUGCCACAGAUGGAGCUGGAUGGAAAGGCUUGCGCUGCCGUUGGACAGAGUGGCCUCAUGGCCCUUUACGAUAUGCUAUUUACCCAACUUGAUGUAUCCGCUUCCCAACUUCUUGUGACACACAGUGAUUUUGAGAACCCAAACUUCCGGGAGAGGCUCCGUGGAACUGUUGAGUCACUAUUAGAUCUUAAAGUUGUCCCAAUAUUUAAUGAUAAUGAUGCCAUCAGCACUAGAAAGGCUCUAUAUGAGGAUUCACCUGGUAUAUUUUGGGAUAAUGACAGUUUAGCCAGUGUUCUGGCUAUAGAACUCAAAGCAGAUCUCCUUGUCCUACUUAGUGACGUGGAUGGCCUCUACAGUGGUCCACCAAGUGAACCUCAAUCAAAGAUAAUACAUACCUACAUCAAAGAUCACAGUGAGAUUACUUUUGGGGAUAAGUCACGUGUAGGUAGUGGAGGAAUGACAGCUAAAGUGAAGGCUGCUUUCGUGGCUUCAAACAGUGGCACACCUGUUGUUAUUACAAGUGGAUUAGCGUCUCAAAGCAUUGUUAGAGUUCUCCAAGGAGAGAAAAUUGGUACUCUCUUUCAUAAGGACGCAAGUAUGUGGGAACCAUCCAAAGAUGUUAGUGCUCAUAAGAUGGUUGUUGCUGCAAGAGAAUGUUCAGGGCGUCUGCAGAAUUUGUCAUCGGAUGAGCGAGAAAAAAUAUUGCUAGACGUUUCAGAUGCUUUGGAGGAAAAUGAGGAUCUGAUUAGAACUGAGAAUGAAGCUGAUGUAGCUGCUGCACAAGAUACUGGCAGCUCUCCUCUUCUUUCAUAAACUUUAAUUCAAUUUGAAUAAAACAAUUCCUGGCAAGAAGCAUGGCAGAGAGGCUUCUCUCAUCUUCCAAAAAUUCCAAUUAUUUAGCUUAUCUCUGAGAUUGUUCUUAUAUUUUCUGCUAUGCCCUUUGAUACUUAACCUCCACACUUUGAGGAACUCUUAAUUCUGUUCAUUUCAAUGCACCAUCUUUUUGCUGCA